AUGGAAUUGGAACUUCAAAGCGAAUGCCGCCUGCAGGAUUCGAACCUGGGGUCGAUUCGGUCGAUUGCCGUCAGCGACGAAGACGGUCACGUGUUUGUUGUCGAUGAGGGCGAUAAUUCGAUCAAAGAAUUCGGCGAGACUGGGGAAUUCGUCGGCCAAUGUUUCUUGGCGUUCGAAAGAUUCUCACCCCUAGAUAUUUGUUGUCUUUCCCAAGACAAUUUCGUUACUCUCCUCCUCCCGUUUCUAAAUUUCAUCCCUCCCUCCCUCUACCUUAAACUGUUUUUCUCUCUUCAUUUUCUCUACACUCUCCUCCACCCCCGACUUUUUACCUCUCUCUAUAUUGCUUAUGUUUUCCAAAAAAAGGGAAAAAACCCUCCCCCCUUUCACUCUCACUCUCUCUCUCUCUUUCUCUCUUUCAUUAAACUCUUUCUUCUCUCUUUUAUUCCUCCUUCCUCCCCUUCACUUAACGCGGCCAUACUUUCACUCCUUUGUUAUCGAAGGAAAUCCCUCCAAUCCAGUGGAGUGAUUAUUCUCGUCCAUUGA